CGUGAUGAUACCAGAACAUAGAUUCUACGGUAAAAGUGUUCCUAACGGCGAUAUGAGUGUAGAGAACUUGGCUUACUUAAGUUCGACGCAAGCUCUUGCCGAUUUGAAAAACUUCAUAGAAUAUAUAAAGCGUGAAGAUCUUUAUAAAAAUAGCAAAGUCAUUGUCAUCGGCGGUUCAUACUCAGGAAAUUUAGCCGCCUGGGCGAGGAUGUUGUAUCCCGAUUUAGUAGACGCAGCCCUAUCAAGUAGUGCUCCCCUGUUAGCUAAGUCAGAUUUUUAUGAAUACCUUGAGGUAGUUGGUGAUCUUUUCAAGAAAUAUGGAUCUUCUGCUUGUUAUGAGAAAAUAGCUGAAAAAUUCCAACGCUACGAAAAGUUACUGCAAUCUGACGAGGGAAUUAAGCAGCUUAAAAAAGAACAUUCUAUUUGCAAAUGGACUGAUAUGAAGGUGCUGGAAAACCAACAUUCCUUUUUUUACCACAAAAUAUCAGACUUUUCAAAUUGGAUAAAACUUAAUAAUCCAACACGGAUACAAAAUUACUGUAAUCAUAUCAUUACUUCAAAUAGUAUUCAUGAUUGGAAGUGGAACAAGCAAUUGCAGUUUGAUAAUUCGUAUCCCAUUUGUUUUAACUAUGACUUUGCCGAUAUGAUUGAAGAUAUAAAAGAAAAUGUUUAUUUCAAACCAUGGCUUUAUCAGACUUGUACCGAAUUUGGUUAUAUGGAAUCCACUUCAUCGAAUAAUCAUCCUUUUACAAAUAACUUACCGGUUUCAUUCUUUUAUAAAAUGUGUACAGGCGUAUUUGGCCCAGAAUUUGAUCAGGCACGUAUGGAAGAUGGUGUUAAGAAAACCAACGAAAAAUAUGGUGGCCGGACGCCAAAUGUGGACAGAGUAUGUUUGUCAACAAUUAGUGGCUAA